GGAACGCGCUCAACUUCUGAAGAUGUUCCCCUUCGUUCCCAUUGUCGCCCUUUUCUCCGACACUGCGUCUCUCUGAGCGCCUGUACCGAAGAUGUGUGCGCUGCAGAAAGCCGCAGUGUAGUAGUGUGUAAUCGUAAAGAAGGGCUCGUAGACGCGGCUCGGUCACGUUUGUGUGUGAUGUCUGAAGAGAGACCCCGGGCCCCGGCCCAGCGGCGCUGUCUGUCCCGGACCAGGAGACGAGCUCGCGGGGGCGGCGGCCCUCCUGCACCGGGGCCUCCCGCCCCAGCCUCCAUCGCCUCACUGCUUCGGAACCCUCCCCCCUCCAGUCUGGCCUGCCCGCUGUGCGGGGACAUGGUGCCCCGGUUCGGUGUCAACGAGCACCUGGACAGCGCGUGUCCCCUCCGGAGAGAUGGCACGUGUACCGAGCAGGCGGGAGUAGAUCCCAUGAUUCCCAGCGUGGACCGCACAGCCCGUCCGGCGGAGGAGAGCCCGUCCACCAGCCCCUAUUUCAAAAAGCAUGCUCCAGCGCUCUCGCACACACGGGAGGGCAGGACUCGCGAUGAUAAGGUGGUCAGAACUGUUGGGUUGGGCAGUUUGGCUGCCAGGUUGUCCAGGCGGCGCCUGAACUUCCCCGAACACACCGACAUCGCCUCUCCGCAGGUUAAACCACCAAGCAUCGGGUCGCCGCCGGCUGGAGCCAGCGCAGGGAUCUCCGCUGCAGAGCGGGGGCCUUUGACAGGUGACGCCGGGUCGGCUCACAGCAGCAGCGCUCCCGCGGAGACCCCCAAAGCGGGGCUGGAGGGGGGGUCUGCUCAGCGGGAGCUGGCAGUGACAACGACCCUUCCGGAGCCAUCGCGGCCGAGCAAGAGGAAAGCGGAAGAGCUGUCCAGUAGACACAAGUCCCCGGUUGUGGCUCCUGACACCAGUAAGAGAGUCCGAUGUGAGGAGGAGGACGAAGAGGAGAACACGGGGAAAGGAAUUAAUGUCACUCCUUCUGGAACUUCUCAAGCAGCUCAUAAUGCCAAGAGUCUGACCAAAGGAAGUAUAACUGCGGCAAAUGGAACAGAGAAUACCCAGGUUGGCACUUGUGAGAAUACUUUGCUGAGCUGUACAGGAGAAACGACGUCAGUACCCUGGCGGACCGCAGAAAAUGUUGCUGUGCAGACUGAUUCCACUGCAACUGACGCUAACCCACGUCAGGACGCGGGUGAGGAAGGUGUCCCUGUAUCGCCUCCAGCGCCAUACUACCUUUCCAACUUCCUGAUGGUCCUGAAGACUGUACUGGAGAACGAGGAUGACCGAGUGCUCUUCAACCAGGAGGAUCUUGCAGUGAUCCGCACCUUUCGACAGCUGUCGGCGGCAGGCCAGAUGCUCUACGUCCGACUGUUCCAGAGGAAACUGCAGUGGCUGCGUGUCAACAAGCUGGACUAUGCAGCUAUCGCCUCAGACCUGAGCCCGGUCGUGCAAGAGCUCACCGCCUCUGGGUUCCUGCAGAGAGAGAGUGAGCUUGAGGAGCUUGGCGAGGUUCUGGAUCUGCUCCCAGCCCCUGAGCUAAAGAGCCUGGCCAAGACCUUCCACCUGGGGGGUCCUGGAGCGCAGAAGCAGCAGCUGGUGGAAGGGCUUCUCCGCUUGGGCCGGCAGCGCUCGCUCUUUGCCACGGGUGCCAGCACUGGUAGUGUGAUCCUCAAGAGGGCGAAACAGCUGGCAGGGCAGUGUGUGCGGCUGUGCCGAGGCCCGCGUGCUGUCUUCUCCCGCCUGUUGCUCCUCUCCUCCCUGACGGAUGGCCUAGACGAGGAGGAGGCAGGCUCUGGAGGACAAAACCAGCUCUACACCAUCUUGCUGGUCAACUCGGGCCGCCUGGCAUUCCCCGUAUACACUGUUGAGCGCAAGGCCAAGGUGUUCCAGGACAGAGAUGAGCUCAUCAGGUACGAGGCGGCCAUGCGUGCUCUGCAGGAGGUGGGAGCAGCCAUGCAGGCUGGCAACUGGCAGGAAGCAUUUGACCUCUAUACCUCAGCAAAGGAAACGUGGCAGGAGCAGAGGGCCACCUGCAACCUGAGGCAUCAGGAGGCACUGCCUUUGUUUCUGCGCUGUUUCACUGCUGGCUGGGCCUACACCCGCAUCAUGUCACGAGGAGUGGAGAUCCUGCAGAGACUCCGGCGAUACAAGGAGGCAGUCGAAGAGCUCAAGUCCCUAUUGGCCCAGUCGGUGUACUGUCCAGACAGCAGGGGGCGCUGGUGGGACAGACUGGCACUCAAUCUACAGCAGCACCUCAAACACAUGCAACAGGCGAUUAACGCUGUAAGGGAGGGGCUGUCUGACCCCCUCGUGCGGACAGGCCACAGGCUCUCGUUGUACCAGCGUGCUGUGCGGAUGAGGGAGGCGCCCAGCUGUAAGAGAUUUCGCCUCCUCCUCAGAGACUUUCCUGUGGUUCUGGUACAGGACGUCCCACACGUAACCAUCCGGGGACAGCUGUUCCCACACCCUGGGGGAACAGGCAAGUCUGUCUUCCUGAUGAUCACAGAGGAGAGCGAAGACAACAAAAACGGGGAGAAUGGGCAUGCCACUGUCAUGUGCUCUGUGGAGGAGCUGGCCCUUGCACACUACCGUCGCCUCGGGUUCGAAGAAGGGAUCCAUGGUGAGGGGUCUACAUUCUCUACUUUGUUUGGGUUGCUGCUGUGGGAUAUUGUUUUCAUGGAGGGAGUCCCUGAUGUGUUUAGGAACCCUUACCAGACAUGCCCCUUGGACCUUCAUACUGACUGUUUCUACGAGAACCGCAAGGAGGCACUGGAGCUGCGGGUGCAGCUGUUGCAGGAAGCCUCAGCGGAGACACUGUGCAGCCUUCUGGCGGAGGCCUGGCGGUCGCAGGAGGGAAGGGUGUGCGCACUGGUCAGCUGGGAGCGCUUCUCCUCUCUGGAACAGGCACAGAGCCUGGUGUCCUGCCUUGGGGGGCCCUUCCUGGCUGGCUUAGUACAGCAGAUGGCCAAGGACUAUCGGCAUUGCCGGGGGGGCUUGCCUGAUUUGGUUGUGUGGAGCACCCAGAGUAGCAAAUAUAAGCUGGUUGAGGUGAAGGGGCCCAAUGACCGGCUUUCCCAAAAGCAGCAGAUCUGGCUGGAUGGACUGCGCAAACUUGGGGCAGAUGUGGAAGUCUGCCAUGUGACAGAUAUUGGCGCUCGGGGGAAUUGUGACUGAGGCAUCGAUGAGCCCAGGCUCUUUUACCUAAGUGAACUGAACGCUGGGCCCAGCCUUGCCCGGGCUCAGAAACUGCCAGACCUGGGUAGAAUACAGCAGCUAUCAAGAACAGAAAGGCUGAGGGGUGGCACUAAGUACUU